AUGUCGCAGUACAUCAUGAGUUCUCAACAGCAGAACAAGACAUCCUUAAAGAAGCACGAAAAAGCAUUAUCAGACUAUUAUUUUAAUCCCACCAAACCAGGGGCAUAUUAUGGACCCUCCAAACUGCGUGAUGAGUUAAAAGCGAACAGACCACCUGAUGUCAAGCUCAGGAAGGUGAAGCGGUUUGUCAAGAACCAAGAUGCUUACAGUUUACACAAACCAGUGCGGCAUAAAUUCCAACGGAUGAGAGUGAGGGUUAAUGUUGUCAAUGAGAUGUUCGACUUGGACCUUGCCGAUCUUUCACGCUACAGCAAAGAGAAUGAAGGCGUACGGUAUUUGCUUGUGGCUAUUGACAUAUUGAGUAGGUUCGCAUUUGUGUUUCCUCUGUCAAACAAAAAGCCUGAAUCUGUUUUGACAGCUUUCAAACAAAUCCUCAAGCAACAGCGUCCUAGGAAAGUACGAGUAGAUGGUGGAAGCGAAUUUAAAGGUGUAUUCAAGUCGUUUUUACAAAAACAAAAGAUAAAACUCACCAUAGCUCGCAAUGAAAACAUAAAAAGUAAUUACGUGGAACGUUUUAACAGAACACUGAAAUCCCUGAUCACACGGUACAUGACCCAUAAUAACACCAAACGUUAUCUGGAUGCUCUACCAGAUUUAGUGUACAACUACAAUCAUACCCUGCAUUCGUCUUUACCCAAACUCUCUCCGGCACGUGUCGAUAAAACCAACGAAGUGAAAGUGUGGAACCAUAUCUACCUGGAACCUUUGAGAAAAGUCAUCAAACCUAAAAUCAAGAAAUACUUAUUUAAAGUAGGUGAUCUGGUUCGCAUCUCAUACCUCAGGAAACCUUUCAGCAAGGAACUCGACCUCAAGUGGAUGGAGGAGCUGUUCAAAGUGGCUCGACGUUACAGGAAACAGGGGUUUCCUCAGUACAAACUUAAAGAUUUUCACGAUGAACCCUUGAUUGGGUCCUUUUACACAAACGAGCUUCAAAAGGUCAGCAAAGCCGCAGAUGUGCUCUGGCAAGUCGAGAAAGUGCUCAAAAGGAAAAAGGUCAAAGGAAAGAAGUACGCUCUAGUGCGCUGGGUCGGCUGGCCCAAGUCUUUCGACUCGUACGUGGAAGAACGCGAACUGAAAGAAGUGUAA